UUUACCCUAAAACAGCUGCAGAGGUUGUUAUUCUCUGUAUCCAACCCUCACGAGAACACGUUUUCUUGGAGAAUUGACAUUUGAACCAGCUCUGGGCGAGAGAAACGAACCAAGAUUAGAUCAUCGCUUUUGCAAUCUCGUAACCCCACAGAGGAGCAAUUAUGUAUCGGUAAAUGGACCAAUCAAAGCCCAGUUGACCUUAUCAACGACACUUAGCACAUUUGGUGGUAUCGCUGAUGGGACAACGUUGUAGAGACAGUGGGAGAAUUUGUUCGAGGCCUCCGUGCUUUCUUUAAGCGGGGGCCUGACGAAGGAGAAAGAUCCCCUUAUGGAAGCCAGGGUCCCCAUCGCUCCGGGAUUUGACGAGAAUUGUCCUUCUAUGACACAUGAAUUCACUGGAGCACCGGAGGAUUUAUCGGAGCUGGUGGAUUGCGUUCCACAGACAAAUCUGAAUUUGUUUGAGAUGCACGUCAAACCGGAGCUGAGACGUCCUAUCGAUGAUGGUGGCGAAGACGCUGACAUGGAAUACAUGAUGGAGAUGAACUUUGAAUACGACAAUGGAAAUGAAGCGCUGACCGCUGACGAACAAGAACGACGUAGAAUUAGAAGAGAGAGGAAUAAAGUGGCCGCCUCUAAAUGCCGCAAGAAAAGAAAGGAACAUGUCAAAACGCUAGUUGAGGCCUCUGAAGAGCUGGAGCUUCAAAACAGUGAUCUUCAAGGGCAGAUAAGAAAGUUACAAGCGGAAAUCAAACAGCUGGAAUUCAUGUUAGAUUCACACAGCUGCGCAAAAUAUUCCCAUAUUCCACAGGAUGACCACGAACUUGGAAUGAAUGCUAAUUAAUCAAGAGGGGAAAAGCUAGUGACAGAGGAUAAAAUAAAGUGGAAGAAUUACUCAAUAUUCUGAUUCAAGAUGAAGGGCCAUUAAUGACGUGUGCAUACGUGGAUGGAGCAUCGCGAUGAGCCGCUGUACCGUGAUAGUCUGCUGUGCGCUGCAGUUUCACUUCAAGCGUUUUUUCUCGCGGAUACACGUGCAAAGAGCGAGAUUUUGAGCGAAAUUUGGUUUUACUUAUGCAUGUUAACAAACUGGUUCGUUGUAUCAACGCUACUUCAUAGUUUGUUUGCUUCCAAGAAGCUCGCAGUCAACAGGAGAUGAUGAUGAAGAGAUAUAAAGAAAAGAGAUCGAGACAAAUUAAGAUACAUUGAAAUAUUAUUGCCAAGAAACAAGUAUUAGCGAGUUUACUUAAAAGGGAAUUUUCUUUUAUUUAUGUAGCUAACUCCUUUAAAAUAGCGUUCUUAGUUUUAGCUUUUAGGCUAGUUUAUUUGCUUAGGGACAAAAUUAAAGUAUUUUACAUCGCCCAACGCGAUAACAUUUGCGUUCGUCUUUCUUCAUAGUAACCGGACUGAGUGGAGAGAAGUCUAUCAAGUAAAAGAGUAAAAAUUUUCAUAUUCCCUAAUCUUGUAUAAGUUCCUUAUCAAACUUAACCAUAAAACUCAGGAGCUUUUAAG